AUGGCUCGCGCCAAAGCACUGGGUCGAAAUGCCUCUAGCUCCACUGCCAGUGAUAUGACCGCUAAAAUUCGAGUGUGUGUUCGCAAGCGGCCACUUAAUAGCAAGGAAAUUAACAAAGGAGAGAAGGACAUGGCCACAGUCUUGGGGUGCCAAUUGGCUGUUGAUGAACCAAAGGUUCGUGUAGAUAUGACCAAGUAUAUUGAGCGGCACAAUUUUAUAUUUGAUGAUGUCUUUGACUCUGACGCGACAAACGAAGAUGUGUAUAGAAGAACAGCCUAUCCUCUUGUCCAGUACCUGUUCGAGGGCGGGAAAGCAACGUGUUUUGCAUAUGGGCAAACAGGGAGUGGAAAAACAUUCACGAUGCUGGAUGACAAACAAGGCCUUUACGUUCUGGCUGCGCGUGAUAUUUUCAUUAUGCUACGUAAGCCGGAGCACUCUCAUUUAUCAGCCUAUAUUGGUUUCUAUGAGAUUUAUCAAGGACAUUUGUACGACCUACUUAAUAAUCGCAAGCGAUUAAAUCCUCGUGAGGAUGGCAAGAGUAACGUUGUGAUUUCAGGAUUGAAGGAAUAUGAGAUCGUCAAUGUGCAAGGACUGAUGCAAGUCUUUGAGUAUGGAAACAAUGUUCGAAGUACAGGCAGUACCAACGCCAAUGCUGAUUCUUCACGGUCACAUGCCAUUAUGCAGAUCGUACUCAAAAACAGAGCCAACAAAUCUGUGGAAGGCAAGCUAAGCUUUAUUGACCUAGCUGGAAGUGAAAGAGGAGCAGAUCGUGGUGAAACGGAUGUCAAGACCAGAAUGGAGGGUGCCGAAAUCAACAAGAGCUUACUGGCUCUUAAGGAAUGUAUUCGAGCUCUAGACCAAGACAAGAAGCAUACACCAUUCCGUCAAAGUAAGCUCACUCAGGUCCUCAAAGACUCGUUUGUCGGCAAUUCAAGGACCUGCAUGGUUGCUACUAUUUCUCCAAAUAACUCCAAUAGUGAGCACACGCUUAAUACUCUUCGCUAUGCUGACCGGUAG